AACUUGCCUGCAAUUUUUCUCACUUCCUUUCUCAAUCACUUUUGGACCAAUACUGGCAGUAGAUCUAGCUACCUGUCUUCUUUGCAGCAAGCUAAUACUAAGUGACAAUGUCUGAUAGUCUCCUCUCAUCUGAUGCUCCUAUCAAUGUCGCUGCAGGAGACUAUCAACACUAUCAGGUUGAGGUGACGCCCAUGCAAAAUGGCACGCCCUGCAACAGCAAAGAAACUUCUCCAUUAAACAAUGGGCCAGGAGACUCACUUCCAAGCCUGCCAUUGGUCUCUAUGCAGAGAAGCCUGCUAAGUGGAGGAGCACCUCCAAAUGCAUACAUCAAACCAGAACUAACAGCUCCUCCAUUGGUUCACCUUCCACUCUACACUCCAGGAGGAGGACAGUAUAGGCAGCAUACUGCUACUUCAAUUGCAAAUGCUUCUCCAACAUUCUCAGAUAUUUCUUCAAUUCUCCUCACACAAGAUAACGCUAAGAAGCAUCACGGCCCCCUCCCUCCGCUCAAUGAGAUAAACCACACCUCACAAUUAACGGAAGACCCUCAUGUCCCAGCGUCCAUAUAUGGCAACCAGUCAUUAAACUUUGUUCUUAGCCCACCACCUGCUGCAGUUCAUCAAUUAGGAAUGAAGAGGUCUUAUUCCAGUUCACCUCUAUCUGACAUGACUGAUAUCAAUGCAUUAAUGCACCCUUCACCUAACUACACCUCACAGCCACUUGCAUUCACAUUCACAGCUCCUCACGUGCAGCAUCCUAACAUACAGCAUGUACCAGUAGUACAGGGACCUACUAAUGCAGGGGCACUGCCCUCUAUCCCUGCACAGCAAUACACUAUAAAGGAGAGGAAAAUGUCUAUAGAACAAAGUCAGGAUUUUACAAAUGGAACGUUUGAUACUACAAUCACUAAUAAGGUGACGUUUAGAGAGCAACAGCCUCCACCUUUACUGCAUCAUCAAGAACCAAUGGAGGUAUUGUCACCUACUGCUGUAGCUAAACCAGCUGGCAAUGUGCUUCACGUCAAUUCACCAAGCAAUAGUCUAUCAACUGAGAUUAGCAAUGAAGAGCCUGUAAGCUGUUUAUGGGAGUCUUGUGCACAGACCCAGAUGAGCAUCGGUGAGCUAGUGAACCACAUUGAGAAGUGUCACAUUGAGAAAGGAGCUAUGGAGGAAUACGUUUGCCUCUGGAGGAACUGCCCGCGCAACAGAAAACCUUUUAACGCCCGAUACAAGCUGGUGAUCCACAUGAGAAUACACUCGGGAGAGAAGCCAAACAAGUGCACUCACCCCGGCUGUACUAAAGCAUUCUCAAGACUGGAGAACCUCAAGAUACACAUGAGGACUCAUACUGGAGAGAAGCCAUACGCCUGCCAGUUCCCAUCAUGUGACAAGUCCUUCUCAAACUCAUCAGACAGAUCCAAACACCAAAAGACCCACUAUGAGCAGAAACCUUAUGCUUGCACUCACCCUGGCUGUGACAAGAGAUACACUGACCCCAGCUCAUUGAGGAAACACUCAAGAACACACUCAAUAAAGAAGGCUCGUGGAAAUGAACUGACCGACUGUCUUCAAAUUCAGUCACUGCCUAAACCACACCCCCAAUCCCAGGUCCCGCCCAACAAAAAACAAACUAAAAAGAAGCAAACGAAACCUGACCUGGAACCACACCCACUUUUAAUCCACUACACGCCCACACACUCUUACCCUAAUGUACCUCCUUAUUCCGACCAAUCACUUUACAGUGAUCCUCCUCCACUAUACUCCGCCCUUCCCCUGUAUGACCACACACCCCAGCCCCUCCAACCCUCUCAGUAUAAUUUCAUUCCUCCAGUACCUGCCGGGCAGUAUGUGCCACGCCCAGUUAUAAAGCCACACCUCCAAUUAUCGGUGAAUGGAUACAGUCACAUGUACAAUACAGGGGGAGUCCCUCUCACCCAUUACCCGACACACCCACCUCCGAGAUAUGAGGACGAACCAAUCAAAUACUCGUUACCGGGGCAACAAAGACCACACCCAUUACAGCCAAUUAACGAUUAUUCUGUGGCCCCCCCCCUUGACCCACCCACUAGCGGAAUGUAUGAUAAUGGAAUAGCUACAAGUUCUACUGGAGAAUAUUUUUAACCCUUUAAUAACUGACACACCCACACACAGGUAUUAUAAUUAACACCUCAUUAUUAUUUA